AUGUCGGAAAUCUCGUGUUCGGCGUGCGGGGCAACAUUCGCGUCGAGAAACGCGCUGUUCCGCCACUUACGCGCCGACGACGCUUCGUGCGGUGACGUCAACGACGUCGCGUCGACGUCGAGCGCGUCCACGCAAGUCGAGGGCGCCAGCCGUCGGGCGAGCAAGUCUGAGCUCGGCGUCGUCUUCGCUCGCUUAUCCGGCACCGGCGUCACGAAAGGCGGACAACGAAAGAAGGAAAAGGACAUGACGAAAGACGAGGUCCGCGCGCUCAACGAACGUAGACGCGAGCGCGCGGCAAGACGGAGGAAUGAGCGGGCGACGUGGGCGAGCGACGAGGACGCACUCGAGCGCGAGCUCUGGAUCGGUGGACUUCGAGGGAAGUUUCGCUCGUUCAAGGGGUUUCGCGACGCAAUUUGGCGCGCGAUGCCUCGAGAGGGGUGCGAGGGGAUUCCCGUGCCGCAGGCGCGCGUGUUCAAGGCGCGAGGGUAUAAGGAAAAGGGUGAGUGGGUCGGUUACGGUUUCGCCGCGUGUCGGGACCCGGGAGAAGCGAAGGCGUUGUUGGUGAUGCACGGCACGGAAAUCGUUGACGAGGACAGUGGCGCUAUCAUGGUUUUAAAAGUGCUCCCGGCGACUCGGCGCCAUGCAGGUGACAAGGCGAAGACGCCGACGAAGAGUCGCGAGCUCAAGGCGGGCGAGCACCCGAACGAGCGAGAUAUUUUUAUGGCGUGGACUUCCAAGACGCUCGAGCGUCGGGCGCUUGAUCGCGGGAUCACAAGCGAAGAGCUCGUGACAGACGCACUCGAGCGCGAGCACGCGUACGUCGCUUUAAGAGGCGUCGAAGUUGAUCGCACGGCGACAGAGCGUCUUCGCGACGAGUUGUUCGACACCAAGUGGCCGGCCCAAUCGCAACGACGCUCGGUAAAGAGCGAUAAUUACAUAGUUUUAAAGAGAGAGUGCUCGCCGAGCGACCCGUACGAGUCGCUUAAGCUCGCUUGCGAGGAUUUGAUGCGAGCUGUCGAUCCAUCGUUUCCGUACGAUUCCUUGGCGAUUACGAAAAAUUUCAUUUCCUCUGCGCACUUGGACAAGGAGGACCAGUCGUUUCAGUACGCCAUGGCAUUCGGUGAUUUUACGGGAGGCGGUGAACUGUGCGUCGAGAGCUCUGAUGGGUUGACUCGAUACGCGAUCGACACUCGCGAGCGACUCGCGAGGUUCGACGGACGAUGUGUGCAUUGGGUAAGAGGCUAUGAAGGUGAAAGAUUCAGCGUCGUCUGGUACGUGAAUCGCCGAACAAACUUCACCGAACCGCGGUUCGAUGUCGACCUGAGCUUCGUGGCGCAGGAUUAG